AUGGCCGGCCUCACGCCCCGCGUGCCCGCCAAACAGUCGGGGGGGCGGGCCGCCAGCGAGGCGCCGCCGCUGGCGCCCGCCCACGCAGACCAGGGCCACUGCUGCGUGCUGGCGCCCGUGGUGCCCAGCCAGGACACGCCCCGGGACCUGUGGGGCCUGCGCGUGAGGAAGUCAGAGGUUGUCAGCCUGGCGCGACACGCGGCGCGUCCGGGCGUGGUGAUCGUCUGCCGCGGCGCGCUGCCAGCGCCGCCCGGUGGGCAGGCGAGGGUGGUGGGCGAGCUGGCGGGCGUGGCGGUGCCCGCGGUGUGGGGCGCGCUGGGAGGCGAGCAGCACCAGGGGGCGCCCCUGCGCUGCGCCGCACGCGCGGCGUCAGACUGGUACGCCGGCCGCGGCACGCAGGAGUCGCCGCGCGCCAGCCACGGCAUCCUGGCGCUCGACGUGACGGGCGACAGGGCGGCGCUCGCCGACGUGUUCAGGGAGGUGGGCGCCUGCAGAUGGCGCCCCUGA